GGUACUGUCCAUGUCGGCACUCAACAUGGCCACUCAAUCAGGCAUCACCAUCGCCGGGCCCAACGAACCCUACACCAUUGUCAACGACAUUUCACGUCCCACUCCAGGCCCGAAGCAAGCGCUGGUCAGGUGUCUUGCUGUUGGCAUCAAUCCGGUAGAGCCCCUGCAGCACCACACUGGUCUCCUCAUCAGCGAGUGGCCCGCUAUCAUUGGGAGCGACUGUGCCGGGGUCGUUCUCGAGGUCGGCUCGGGCUGUGAAAGGCUGAAGCCCGGCGACUACGUCUAUGGCUGCGCGCCGCUAGGCCAGAACAAGUUCACCCCAUUCCAGGACGCGUUCCUUGUUGAAGAGAAUGUGUUUUUGAAGAAGAGCGAUAAUUUGACUGUGGAGGAGACAGCAACCGUUGGGGCUGGUUUGCUGACAGCAGGCCUCUGCUUCCUCGCCGGCAUGGAGUUGAAGCUGUCUGAGGACGGCACCCGAGCCCCUGAAAAGGACGAAUGGGUUGUUAUCCUGGGCGGGACAGGUACCGUAGGGCAGUUUGCAGUGCAAAUUGCACGAGCCUGCGGAUACAAGGUGCUUGCCUCGUGCUCGCCGUCCAAGGCAUCUGCCGCCGAGAAGAACGGCGCAACAGCAACUUUCAACAACCGGGGCCCCGUUGAUGAGCAGCUGGCGGAGAUCAAGAAGAUCACCGGCGGCAACUUUGCCCGCAUCUUCGACUCCACGGCCUAUGGCUACGACAUCAUGGUCAAGGCGCUCGAGACAUGCUCCACGGCAACGACCAAGUACCUGACCUCGGUCGAUGAUUGGUCCCCGUUCAACACCCCGUCCACCAUCAAGGAGUACCGCGCCGAGCUCGGCCAUCUCUGCCGGUUGAACGAGCCCAUCGGUCAGACAGUGACAAAGGAAAUUGCGAGCUGGAUUCCGACCUUUGAAACCCACCUCGCUGCCGGCACGCUGAAGCCGAUCGAGUACCAGCUUGGCGACGGAGUCGGCUGGGAGAGCGUCAUCCGGGGAAUCCAGGACUUGGAGGCUGGGAAGGCGGCCAAGAAGAUUGUCGUGCGGAUCCAAGAUGAGUAAAGUAGGGGAUACUCAGAGGUCAACAGCGGCUGCCGUUUAGGGGAU